AUGCCGUCAAGUGUGAGCGCAGGUGUAGGCUGCUUGUUUCACAGAGUCCUUCCCAUGCUUUGGCUCUCUGAGUAUGUCAGGAAAUGGUUCGGGCAGUUCUGGAUCAGGGUACAAAGAAAUUGCUGUCUCUUUCUAUGUUUGUUUGCAGAUGGGCCGUGCCUGGGUGUGGUGGGAGCCUGAGAUGGAGUCUCCCAGCGAGUCAGAGAACAGUGACUUACAGUCGCUUCUCAGCUGGGAUUCAAGCUUGGAUCUGGACAUGGGGAGCUGGAGGAAUACUGAAGAGGUGGCCAUGGGGAAGCUAGAGGAGAGCAGCCGAGAGGCAGACUGCGAGUUCAGUGAGCCUCUCUGGGGGGAUGAUAGUGAAGACUACCAAAUGGCAGAGAGGCCAUGUGAAGAUGACAGUCUUCUCCAGUUCUUCUCAGAGGUAACCCAGAUGAUGGAACCUCUCCACAUUAGCAGCACAGAGUCAUCACAGGCUCAGUGGAAUUAUUGUGGCUCUGGGAAACGUGGUGAUGGGGAAGAUGUGAGGUGCCAGGAAAAGACCACAGGGACAGCAGUCUCAGGAGCAGACAAAAGUCAACUACAUGUCCUGGCAGAUAAGGAAGAUCACUUCCCAGGAAGAGAGGACAAAACUCAAGAGACACCUGGAGAACAAGCUUUAGGUGAGCCACAUCCACGGGAGAUGAGUAAUCAGGCCCAGGACCAAGACAAUAGUGAUAGCGCCUCUGCCGCCCACAUGCUGGACUCCACAAACCCUGCCAACAUGCAGAUGGUGCAGCUGAGCUGGGAUAACCCCCUGCAGCAUUUGCUCUUCAAAAGAACUCUCCUCUCCAUCUGGAAGAUGAUAGCCAGUCACAGAUACAGUGGCCCAUUCCUGAAAGCGGUGUCAGAGAAACAAGCCCCUGGAUACAGGGAUGUGGUAAAGAGACCCAUGGAUUUAACAAGCAUAAAGAGAAGACUGUCAAAGGGACACAUUCAGUCAAUGGUCCAGUUCCAGCAUGACCUCAUGCUCAUGUUCCAGAAUGCGGUGAUGUACAACAGCUUCAACCACCAUGUGCACCGCAUGGCCAUGGAGAUGCAGCAAGAGGUCUUGGAGCAGCUGCAGAUGUUGGGUGAAGCCCUCCUGUGCUCAAGGGACAGGCUGGGGUGGGGGAGAAGGUAACGAGCCACAUCUGAGGCACGUUUAUUUUGGAGAAGUGUUGUCCCCCUGGCUCAGGAGGUCUGCUGGUGCUCAGGAGAUGUGGUGAAGCUGCAGCCAUGGUCUCUGGCAGAGCUAGUUAUCCUCCAGUGGUGCCCACCAGGUUGAUGGGAUAAGGAACAAAGCCAUUUCUAGGAGGGGCACUGGCAGGGAAACCUCCUUUCUUCCCUGAGAAAAGCAGCACCGCAGUCCUGCAGUGAGAAACAGUUCCCUGGGAGCAAAAAAAGACCUGGGAGAACAUUAUCUUUGUGACCGGCUGGGACGAUGAGGGCCCAGCGCUGCGAGGACGGCGGGCCGUGCACGGAGGCGCCGCCUUCCCGCGGGUCUGAGGCGCUGCUAUGUUGCGGGUCGGUUCGGGGCGGGCCGGGCGUUACCGGGGCGCCGCAGGCCGGGAGGGGCACUCCGGCCCGACCCCGCGGCGGGGCGCGCCGCAGUAAAGGCCCGUGGUGGGAGCCUGUCCACGCGUGUUUGAAACCCCAGGCGG